CGCGUGUUUGCCGUUACGUAUCUUGGGCUCGAGCGACACUUCGUUCUCAUUGACAAGCUAGAACCUCGUCACAUGAGCAGCGACGAGAUGGAUCCAACCACCCUUCCUGGGUGCGCCAAGAUCUUCUACAUCAUCGAGUGCCGUUGGCAGAGCCAAGAACUGAAGCUGUUCCUGCGCGGACUGGACGAAAUCUACCACACCCACGUUCUGACCCGCGGAGGUGGCGGAAACCCGUUUCGCCAGAGGCAGGAGGCUCAGAACCCGAAGGUGGUGGAUGGAUGUGCGCCCGAAGGUUUGUGGCGCAAUUGCUAUGACAGGGAUUGGUUGGACUCGCUCAAGCCGUAUCAACGUCGUGAGCUGAACAUCAUCGAUUCCCACUACAAUUUUGACCUUACGCAGGAGUUCGACAGCGAUGUAGUGAUGUAG